UCUGAGGAUAUAAACGGCGGCAGCUCUCGUCGACGUCAGUAGCACCUCCACCAUGGUCGCCAGAGUCGCUCUCCUCCUCGCCUUCGUGGCCGUCGCCAGCGGAAACCCCGCCGCCGGGAAGCCAUGGCACUGGAAGUCCCCCAAGCCCCUCGUCGACGCCCGCGGACCCGCACCCAAUGCUGGCGCCAAAAUCGUGGGCGGCACUGAGGCCGUCCCUCACUCGUGGCCCCACCAGGUGGCUCUCUUCAUCGACGGAAUGUACUUCUGCGGCGGUUCCCUCAUCUCCAGCGAGUGGGUCCUCACGGCCGCCCACUGCAUGGACGGCGCCGGUUUCGUCGACGUGGUGAUGGGCGCCCACAACAUCCGCGAGAACGAAGACACACAGGUCACCAUGACCUCCACCGACUUCUUCACUCACGAGAACUGGAACUCUUUCCUCCUCACCAACGACCUUGCCCUCAUCAGGCUGCCCAACGCCGUUGAGUUCACUGGUCUGUAUGCUAGCACACACCUGCACUACAACUGAAUGUGACUUACAAUG